CCACAUUCGAUAAACAUACAAACAUUAGUACCGCAUUUGACGAUUCUUUCACCUUAUCCACACAAAAUGUUGGAUCUCACCUUCUUCACCUUAUUCCUCUCCUUCAUUUCUGUUCUUAUCUCCAUAAUCUUCUUCAUCGCAACUACUUCUCAGCCUCCAGACAAAACUCCAUGUCCAGAGUCAUACCCUAUCAUCGGAAACCUCCCUGGUUUCCUCCGCAAUCGCCACCGGUUCCACGAGUGGGUCACUGACAUGCUUUCCCAGACCCCAUCAUCAACUAUCAAAGUCAGUUCCCCCUUCUUCUAUGGCAUUUGCACUGCAGACCCUCUGAAUGUGGAGCACCUUCUUGUCACCAACUUCUCUAAUUACACCAAAGGCUCUCGCUUUCUCAAUUACCUUUAUGAACUCUUAGGUGAUGGAAUCUUCAAUGUCGAUGGUCAUCUUUGGACUAUGCAACGUAAGAUUGCAAGUUACGAAUUCAAUACUAAAUCUCUCAAACAUUUUAUAUCAAAUAUAGUCAGAUCUGAAAUGUCCAAAACCCUAAUGCCAUAUCUAUGCAAAGCAAGUGAUGAGAAUUCUGUCAUUGACUUUCAGCAAGUGUUAGGGAAGUUCACUUUCAACACUAUAUGCAAAGUUGCUUUUGGAGUAGAAAUUGAACAUAUAGUAAAUUGUUCUUUUGCUGCAGCUUUUGAUGAUGCUGAGGAGAUUUGCUUUUCAAGGUUCUUAUCUCCAUUUCCAUUCAUAUGGAAGCUUAAAAGAUUUUUCGAUAUUGGAUCAGAGAAGAGAUUCAAAGAAGCCAUUAAAAUAAUCAACGAGUUUGCUUUGGAGAUUAUCAAGUCAAAACAAGAAGAGAAUAGUGAAAGUGCAGGCAAGAAUCAAGACUUGUUAUCAAGAUUUAUGUUUUUGAGCUCUAAUAUUGAAUUUCAAGAUCAAGAACAUAAGAUUAAGUUCUUGAGAGAUAUUGUUAUAAGUUUUGUACUUGCUGGCAAAGACACUACUUCAACGGUCUUAACAUGGUUUUUCUGGCUAGUCGCCGGCAACCCUCGUUGUGGAUAUUUGAUUUACCAAGAACUGACUGAAGUAGGAACGCCGCCGGAAUCAGAGGCGGUGUCGGUGGAGGAAAUCAGGGCAAGGAUUUUUAGCUAUGAUGAGUUGAAGAAGCUUCAUUAUUUGCAUGCGUGUCUAUCGGAGACGAUGCGGUUGUUUCCACCCAUAGCAAUCAAUUCGAGAUUAGCGGUGGAUGAUGAUGUUUUACCGGAUGGGACCCACGUAGGAAAAGGGUCGUCUGUUGAUUAUUCUGCUUAUGCAAUGGGCAGGAUGGAGAAAGUGUGGGGCCCUGAUUGUAGGGAGUUCAAGCCUGAGAGGUGGUUGGAUAAAGAGGGGAAAUAUCAGCCGUCCGAUCAAUUUAGAUUUCCUGUGUUUCAUUGUGGGCCUAGGACUUGUCUGGGAAAGGAUUUGGCUUACAUACAAAUGAAAGCAAUUGCAGCGGCUGUCAUGUAUGAGUUUGAAAUCUUGGCUAUUGACGAAGGUGCAAAUGUAGAGAGGAUGAUGGACCCGCCUUACGUCAUAACAAUGCUUCUUAAGAAAAGAGGUGGCUUACCUGUUAGGCUAAAGAGAAGAGAGAAACGAAUUAAAAAUAGUAAAGUCAGCAUCAAGAGUUAAUUACCAUCUUUGACUUUUGGCUUUUUUUUUUGCCCUUUUACUUACUACUUAAUUUUGUAAAUUUGGGAAAAUAUUUAUAAAAAUAUUUAAUUAGUAUACA